UGCCGACCUUCCAAGAAGUGCUGGAACAGUUAGCGGAGAUUCAUGCCUUAGAAGUGGCGAGGUUGGCACGACGAUGUUCAACAUUAGAAGGGCAUUUGGGCAGUGAUGGGAUUUACGUGGAGAUUUUGGAAGAGGAGGAGUCUUUUCAGGACGCUCCAGUGGCUGCACCAAGACGCAGAAACUUCACCGACAUUGACACUUGCUGUUUGACCCCCAUGUUCGGAUCCUACCGUGGAUCGCGACCACCGAAACGACCACGACCUGUCCGCAAGGCCGCAAAGGUCCCUCGUCCAGAAAGGUCAUUGGCUGAUGCAGAAGAUGCAGAGGAACCUUGCAACUCAGACGAGAUGAAGGUCUUCACCCGUCACUUCGGCCCUGACGUGGAACAGCUGGGCUUUCGUAUCCGCUGGAGCGACGGAUCCGGCCAGCCCAGCGUACAGAUGUUGGAGCCCAACUCGGCUGCGCAGCAACGCGGGUUGCAAGAAGAUGACGUGAUACUUGCGAUUAACGGCAUCGAAACUGCUGGCAAAGAUCGCAGUGUCCUGUUGCCUUCUUUGAAAGAAAGGCCUUUGGAGCUCAAGCUAUCUCGUCCAGAGGAUCCAGCGCAGGAGCUGGCGGAACUAGCCGCCGAGCCAGUGCCCCAUGAAAUGUGCGAAGUUCAGGCGUCUAAAGUGGAGCGUGAAGUCGCCGAAGAGCCAACACCGAAGCACAUCCUGACGAAGGUACUCCAGAGAUCGCAGACUGAUAUCUCAUGUGGGUCAAAUGAAGAGGACAGCCCCAAAAGCAAUCCCAUCACAGGCACAGGCUCCUUCCGGCAAUCCGUUUUUGGAGACAGAUUGGGGUUGAAGAAGUACGUUGAACAGCAGGACAUGCAAGAGACCUUGGUAUCUAAGACAGUCCGUCGCAUUUUGGGUUCGACUAAAGCCGAUGGAGCGUUCAACAAAUUCCGCCGCAUGGCAACAAACUUUGCUAUUUGGUGGGAUAGCCUGGAGGAACCUCCUAGGGAAGGGCGAAUCUUCGAUUUGGUGCAGUCUCGCUGGUUCCAGACUCUAUCGGCAACUGUGAUCAUUGUGAACGCCAUCGUGGUGACCUGGUUGACCGACUGGAGCUUGAUCAAUGAGGGCAGGAAUAUGCCACCGAACUUUCAGUUCGUAGAUCUUGGUUUCCUCCUGUUCUAUGCGGUCGAAGUAAUCUUGAGAAUCUCGGUCAGCAAAGGUUUCUUCUUCGUGAAUGAGAGCGCUACCUGGAACAUCUUCGAUCUUAUGUUGGUGGUCUUCUCCACUAUGGAUUGUGCGUUCAAUUGGCCUGCAGAUGGCAAUGAGGCGCCACCCAACAAUCUGGGGUAUAUGCGAGUCUUCCGCAUGUUCAAAUUUGCCAAGAUCCUCCGCACCAUUCGCAUCAUUUCAUUUGUGCGAGAGCUUUCGAUGAUGCUGGAGAGCUUCAGGAAGUGCAUGGUUGCCAUGUUUUGGGGUUUGGUACUUCUGUUGUUCUUGCUCUACGUUUUCGCGCUGGUCUUUGCUCAAGGCGUUGCGAGUCAUAUCGCUGCAGAGGAGGUGUGGACCUUCUCAGAAGAGGACCGGGAGCUGAUGAUGGACUCCUUUGGUUCAGUGGGUGAUUCCAUGCUAUCCCUGUACCUCUCAGUGACUGGUGGCAACGACUGGUCUAUGUACUACAUCAUCAUGACACAAAUCGGCUCGUUUUAUCCUGCAGUCUUUCUGAGCUAUACCUUCUUCUUUAUUUUUGCCCUCUUCAACAUCUUGACGGGAGUGUUCGUUGAGAGGGCUGUUGCUGCUUCUCUUCCAGAUCGGGAGGAGCUCAUUAACGAGGAGAGGAAAAAACUCUUGAAGCAGGUGGAAGAAUUGCGAUCACUUUUCAAGGCUCUCGAUACUGAUGGCUCCGGCAGGAUCAGCAAGGCGGAGUUCAUUAACGCCAUGAAAGAUGACCGUAUCGUGUCGUACAUGCACACCCUGGCUCUUGAAAUGCACGAUGCUGAGCACUUCUUCGAUAUCAUCGCUGACAACUGCGAGGAAGUGGAUAUCGAUGCCUUCAUCGAGCACAGCAUGGCCAUGAGAGGGAACGCCACUGCCCUGGAUAUGCGGCGUCAACUCAUUCAACUUGGCAAGGUGGCGGAGCAGCUUCAUGUUUGGGACGCAGAGCGAUGGCCAUAUUUGCAGAGGGCGUUGCGACGGAUAGGGGCAGGCCGCGAUCGCGUGGAGCAGAGUCAAGGUUUGGGAACAAGGACUCUUUCAACUUUGAUUGAAUGAUCCGCCCCUUCGAAUUAAAGGUACCGGAUCAAGCUUCGUGCCUACGGACAUCUCUUGAUCGGAAGUCCGCACGUUUCACCUUUUUUGAGUAGAGAUACACCAUGCGUCGCGUUGGCGAAACCCGUGACUUGUCAACUGCCCCAGGUGGAAAGCGAG